CCUCCAAUAAUAUGGCUACCACUUCCUCGCUGUACAUCGCAGUAUUAUUAUUGCUUAGCCUGCACCCUACAGACGCACAAAUUGGAGUAUGUUAUGGAAGGAAUGCAAAAGACUUGCCAUGCGCGGAAGAUGUGGUAAACCUCUAUGACUUCCACGGCAUACAAGCGAUGAGACUAUAUGAACCCGAUCAAACCACACUAGAGGCACUACAAGGUACAUGGAUCACCCUCAUGUUAGGUGUACGUAACGAGGAAAUUUCGAGUAUAGCCUCCGAUCAAUCGACCGCUGAUAAGUGGGUUCGGACCAACGUGGUCCCUUAUGCAUCAUCGAUCAAAUACAUUGCCGUUGGAAAUGAAAUCCAUCCAUCUGACCAACAAGCCUCAUCGGUUAAACCAGCGAUGCAAAAUCUUCUUAAUGCAUUAAAUUCGAACAAUUUAGGAAACCAAAUUAAGGUUUCUACAGUAAUUGACACAAGUUUAAUCACAAACUCUUAUCCACCAUCACAUGCACAAUUUAUAAACUUAACUUACAUUACCCCAAUAAUAAACUUUUUGGCAACUAAUGAUUCACCUUUGUUGGUGAAUAUUCAACCCUACACAUCUUAUAUAAAUGAUCCAAAAAAUAUUAAACUUGACUACGCAUUAUUUAACGCACAAGGGACUGUUUUUAUUGAUGAUAAAAAUGGGUUGAAAUACCAAAAUUUAUUCGAUGCAAUAUAUGAUGCAAUCCUUGCUUCUAUAGACAAAGUUGUUACAUCCCAAGAUAAACUACUUUAUAAUGGAAAGAAAACCCGGAGUAACAAGAAGAAGAAGGUUAAGGUGGUGGUGUCGGAAAGCGGGUGGCCGUCGAAAGGUGGAUUUUCAGGCCAUAGUAAGAAAAACAAUGCUAUAAGAAGUAGACAUCAUGAUCAAAUGAGGUCAUCUAAUGCUGAAGAGGCGGCGACGACGGAAAAUGCAAAGACUUAUUACACAAAUUUGAUCGCUCAUGUGAAGAAUGGUACUCCAUUGACACCAGGAGAAGAGAUUGAGACAUACUUGUUUGCAAUGUUUGAUGAGGUUGAUAAACCAGGGGAUGAAAGUGAGCGCCAUUUUGGAGUUUUUACUCCGGAUGAACAACCAAAGUAUGGCCAACUUGACUUUUGUUACUGUUAGAACUAAUCUUUUAAGAGAAGGGUAACCAAAUUGUGUAUCGAGAUAAAAUAUUAGGGUUAACCCUUCAAAGGAGAGUUUCAUAAUUCUCUAAUAAUUAAUCUUAUUAUGGUUUCAUUUUGUCCUUCUUGUACAAAAUAAAUCAUGCAUAAUGAUAUAAAUUAUGACAAAAUAAAUU